AUGUUGCGGUUACCUUUUGUGCCAAGAGAGCUUGUGUCGAGGUCAAGUGGUGGGUUACAUGGUAAUGCUAGGACAGGCGCCUUGGUGGGAGGAAAAGUUUCGGAGCAGAGGAGGGCGAUUACGAUUGAGCAAUUGGAUAAGGCACGGAAUGAUCGCGAGCGCGUCGUCGUCCUGGGUUCAGGCUGGGCAGGCUUCACAGUCGCCCGCACCCUUGACUCGUCGAAAUACCAAGCUCUAGUAAUCUCGCCUCGAUCCUACUUCGCUUUUACUCCCCUCCUCGCCUCAACCGCAGUCGGCACGCUUGAAUUCAGAACCGCGCUCGAGCCAGUGCGAAGCCGACGUACAAAAGUCGAAUUCAUCCAGGGCUGGGCCGAUGACGUGGAUUUCAAGAACAAGACCAUUACCAUAGAGCAAGCGGUCGAUGAUGCACGGCAGAGUGUUGCACUUGCUGCAGACAGGCAUGCAGACGAGACACCCUCGCAGCGAAGUGAAGAGAAGAAGAAAGAAGUAAAGACGGGAAAACUGUUUGAUGUGAACUACGACAAAUUGAUAGUUACGGUUGGAUGCUACAGCCAGACGUUUGGCACCCCAGGGGUAAAAGAACAUGCCUUUUUCCUCAAGGACGUAGGCGACGCACGCAAGAUCCGGAAUCGCAUCCUCGCAUGUUUCGAAGGCGCCGCUCUACCUACGACAUCUGUCGAAAUGAAGAAGCAGCUGCUCAACUUUGCUGUUGUGGGCGGUGGACCCACGGGCAUCGAAUUCAGCGCCGAGUUGCACGAUUUGAUCAACGAGGAUAUGCGGAGGCUUUACCCGGAACUCAUUCAGUACCACAAUAUUACUGUUUAUGAUGUUGCGGAGAAGGUGCUGCCCAUGUUUGAUAAGAAAUUGGCUGAUUAUGCCAUGCAAAAGUUCAAGCGCGAAGGUAUUCAGAUAAAGACUAGCCAUCAUGUUGAGGAGCUGAGGCCUGGUGCACCUGCUGAACGGAGUCAGCCGUAUGAUGUGGGUCAAGAGUAUUUGUAUACGCUCAAGGUGAAGGAGGAGGGUGAGAUUGGCGUGGGAAUGUGUGUUUGGAGCACAGGACUCAUGCAAAACCCCUUCGUCGCCAGCGCCCUCUCCGACGUCCGCGAAGCCCCUACAAACCUCCACAUUCCCUCUCCUACAUCGGACCCCGCCACCGUAUCUCCCUCAAGCGUAAAAUGGGUCGUCAAGAAAGACGCAAAAUCUGGCUCUAUAAUAACAGAUGACCACCUCCGCGUCAAACUUGUCCCCGAAUCCUCCUUCUCAGACAGCAAAGACAGCAAAAACGCCUCAAUCGAAGCCAUCCACCCCGACGUCUUCGCCCUCGGCGACUGUGGCAUCAUAGAAUCGACAUCCUAUCCGGCCACCGCACAAGUCGCCUCCCAAAAGGCCUUUUGGCUCGCCAAACGCUUUAACAAAGCCGACAUCAACUCUGACAUCGACCCCCAGCCGUCCCCCGCAUCUUCCUCUCUCAAUCCCACCACGACAACAAAGGGCUUCACGUACAGGGAUCUGGGCACCCUGGCGUAUAUUGGUAAUUGGAAUGCACUGUUCCAGGGCGGCGUGGCGUUCUUCCGUGUAUCAUAG